AUGUCCGCCCCGCGCCCGGGCCACCCCCGGGCCUCAGUGAGCGCGGAGCCCUCAGCCCUGGCCGAGCGGGCCCCGCCGAGCGCGGGCCGCAGCCCGCCCCGCCACCCGCCGCCGCGGGCCCUGCCCAGGAGGGUCUGGGCCGGCGGCCGGCGGAGCGGCGGGGCCGGAUUCAGGGCACCGUUCCCCUCUCCCAAGUCCUUCCAGCCUAAUGGAGCCAGUGAAGAAGCCCUGCGGUGUGAAAUCAAAGAGCUGAAACAGAAAGACCUCGCUCUAGACCAGGAAAUUGCACAAUUAUUGUCAGAGGGCUACAGCCUGGAGGAACUGGACAAGCACAUCUCUCUGCUCCAUGAGUACAAUGAAAUCAAAGAUGCUGGGCAGAUGCUCCUGGGCAAGCUAGCUGUUAUCCGAGGGGUCACUACAAAACAGCUCUAUCCUGAGUAUGACCUGGAGCUCAGUGACUAGUCCUGAACCUGGAGAGUGCCAUGUCCUGCAGAAGUGACUGUCACUGGGUCAUUACACAGUGGUGUCAUCCUGGUUUAGGAAAGACAGAAGGUGGAAAAGGAACCUUUGGAAAAGGGAUGUAGGAUUUUAGAUAAUUUCAUGUACUACCUGAUCAACAGGAUUUUUUUUUUUUCUUUUUUGAAAGGUUGUAGUUCAGGUUGAUGUUGAGCCUCUUCCAUGGAGCCUCUGAUUCCCUGCAUUAUCCAGGGUCUGUUUGGUUCCUGAAUGGAUAGAGGAAGUGAGGACAUGUACAUGUGCAAUGUAGUAGCUGCUUUGAAAGGAAAACCCUCAGAAGAAAGGAGGGAAGAAGGCAGAAAUUGUAGUGGUUUGGGGGUUUAUUUUGUUUUAUCAACAAAUCCAGACAAGUCUGGGUGUUCUGCAUUUUUGUACUUACCUGCUCUGGUAUCUGGAGGUUUUGUAUCAUUUCUGUAGUAAAUGGCAAAAUGUAAAGUUGUGUUGAACUGUUCACUCUGAAUAAAGCAGCCUUCACAUUUGUCAGUAAAUCAA